UGAAAAUGAGGUGUAAUCCAAUGUGACCAACAACAGACAGAAUGUGUUUGUGUAUGUUUGUGUACGUGGUUUGAGGUUCUUUACUUACAGAAGUUUCUUUUUUAAAAAGUUGUAUUAUAGUUUGUCAGUUUGCAAGAAUUGAGUCGUCAUGGACAUUGAAUGUUUAAAGACACUAAACUGUAACCAAGGAGCUGUGAGAGCUGUUCGUUUUAAUGUUGACGGUGCUUAUUGUUUGACUUGCGGUUCAGAUAAAAAGCUUAAAUUGUGGAACCCGUAUCGUAAUUUGCUCCUCAAAACCUAUGCUGGCCAUGGAAACGAGGUGUUAGAUGCUUGCGGUUCUUGUGAUAGCAGCCAAAUUGUUUCUUGCGGUGCUGAUAAAUCUGUUAUAAUUUGGGAUGUUAGUUCCGGAACUCCUUUACGAAGACUACGUGGCCAUGCAAGCAAUGUGACUUGUGUUCGUUUCAAUGAAGAAUCAUCAGUGGCAAUAUCAGGCUCCCUCGAUAACUGUGUCAUGUGUUGGGAUGCUAGAAGUCGCAGUAAUGAACCCAUUCAGGUUUUGAAAGAAGCCAAAGACAGUAUUAGUAGUAUCCAGAUAACAGACCAUUUAAUUUUAACUGGAUCGGUAGAUUGUAGAAUUCGCCAGUAUGAUAUUCGAACUGGAGAGGUCGUCACAGAUUUUGCUGGAGAGCCGGUGCUCAGUGCUUGUUACACUGGAGACGGCCAGUGUGUGGUAGUUGGCUGUGCCGAUGAUUGUGUUCGGUUAUUUGACAAGGACUCAGGGGAAAUGCUUGGCGAGUACAGUGGCCACAAAAUUGGAGAUUUUAGAGUUGAAAGUGGCAUUGACAAUUCUGAUGGUUUUAUUAUCUCAGGAGCAACCGAUGGCUUCAUAUGGUGUUGGGAUUUAGUAAAAGCUGAAGUGGUAGCUAAGUUGGAACAUGCUCCUGGAACUGUGGUAAAUUCAAUCCAUUCACAUCCCAACAAAGUAGGUUUAGUUUCAGCUGCAGGACCCACAGUUAAGCUUUGGGGUAAACCUGAAUACCUAGAUAGUGAUUAAACUUUCAAUCAAUAAGAUUUUACUCCCUUUUCGGAAGGCGAAUGAGACUUUGUAUUUGUGAAAAACUUGUUGAAGGAAGGCAAUUUCAAUAAAUAAUUUCAAAUAUUUCUUUAA